UGAAACCUGUGUGAUAACAAUUAAAGUUCAAAUUGUGUACACAAUACAGGGUAUUUGAUAACAUCCGGUAUGUAAAACAGUGCAUAGUGGGACAAAAUAUCGGCCUACUUUCGAUUCAAAGUGAUUGACAUGAAAGGCUCCAAGCCAUCUUGUGCUGUGCUGGUGACGGGCGGGGCAGGAUUUCUGGGACAACACGUAGUCGGGCUAUUACAGACACGUGCCGAUCAUGUGACCGAAAUAAGAGUACUUGAUGUCGUUCCAUACGAAAACAAACUAGACUACGUUCACAAGAAGCCACUACGUUCGAUUGUCGGCAGCAUCACGGAUGAACGAGUUUUAGGUGAGGCGUGUCGAGGCGUCACGAGCGUGAUUCACGUGGCCGGAUGCACGGAUUCCAGAAUGUUUCCGGACAAAGACAAGGUUACGGAAGUCAACAUUCAUGGAACGCUUGUGUUGCUCCUUACGGCACUUGGAACAGUUGGAGUUGAUAGGCUGAUUUACUGCAGCUCAAUGUCGGUCGCUAUCGGUUACGACAACGAAGUAACAGAGGGGAUGGACGAAAGUCACCCAUUGCCAAGCCGAAGGAUAUUUGAGCCAUACGCUUCUUCAAAACUGGCUGGCGAAAGGGUUGUCCUGGGAGCAAACAGUGACCUUUUUCGAACCAUAAGUAUCCGCCCAGUGGUCAUGUACGGAGAACUGGACAACGCGUUCGUUACCAUUGCACAGGAGAUGUCCAAAGACACCUUUGGCACUUUGUUUAUGACCAAUACAAGUCAUGUCAAGCAACAAACAGCGUAUGUUGGAAACGUGGCCUGGGGCUUUGUGUGUGCAGAAAUGAAGCUGAAUGAAGAAAGGCGACAAAAAUAUGUUACAAGUGACCAUAAUGACAACAAGGACAGGCAAAAUAUAUGUUUGGAACUCCGACAGAGGUCGCAGCGUAUAAGCAUGGCCAGAGAAUCGAACAAGGACAAUGAAAUCGUUCAAAUGAUUGGAAUAAACGGUAAACAAUCAAAUUAUGGCAAGGACGCAUACUUUGUUGGUGAUGACACUCCACAUAUCAGCCCAUUCCUUUUCCAUACGCCCUACUUGGAGGCUAGUGGUUAUAGUAUUUUUAGUGCGAGUGUACCCGUGUCACUGGUUAUAUUCUUCAUGUUUUUGCUGAAAUGUUUCAUUGGAUUUCUGCGGAUGUUUGGAGCACAUUGGAAUUUUCCUGUAUCCUCUUCAGCAAUGCAUUAUACGAAACGGCCCUAUACCUUUGAUGACAAGAAGGUUCGAGAAGAGCUGGGUUAUUCCCCAAUUUAUACACCGGAGGAAGCUCAAAACAGAUCAAUGAAGUUUUAUAAACGAAACACGUACAAGUCAAAACAGAUCAAUGUUGUUAAAUAACCGAAACACUUUCAUGUCAAAACAGGUCAAUUUGUGUUGUAUAAACACAACUCUUCGAAGUCGAAACAGAUCAAUAAUGUUUUAUGAAAAACACUUAUAGGUUGAGACGACACUGUCUUUGAAGCAAUUACGAUUGUUGAUUUCUAGUGCCGACCUUCCCGGUUUCAGAAUUUUUUAUUGUGAUUGUAAAUAUUUUUUCUUCUGAAACACAUUAAAAUUUAACCUAAUAAAAACGAGUAAUUUUGA